UUGACAACGCACCUGCAAAAGUUUUUCCUUCUCCUGAUCCAAAGUUACUAUUAUGUAUUACUGGAAAGUAUUAUGAAACCAAAGGUCUAGCCAUUAUCUUGGAAACUUUGACUAAAAUGUUUGUUCAAUCUAAAAUUUUAAGCAUGAAUCUUUGCACAUCACAAUCAUCAUCUCAAUACUUGGCUCAAGUUCUGGUACCAAAAACUGCUAUUAGACUUAUUGCGAAGGACUUUAAUAAUAUUUCUUUAGAUACAACAAAAAAAAUUAUGAUUGAUAGUAUUGAAUUUGGACUGUAUGUUCAUGAUGAUGAUGAUAACACUAAAAAAUAA